AUGCCGUUCCUGAGCCCCCUCCCCGGCGACGACGACGAGGACUACUACUACGGCUACGACGCCGGGUACCGCCGCGGCAGCGGCGGCGCGACCGGGAAGAGCGCCAAGAAGGACAAGGGCAUCUUCUCCUGCCUCCCCUGCUUCAUCCCCAUCUCGCCGGGAGCGGUGGACCCGGCGGCGUACCGCCGCCUCCUCUCCUCCGACUCCAGCGACAGCGACAACGUCGGCGCCGUCGACCUCACCGCCGACCUCGCGCGCCUCCGCCUGCGCUACUCCCGCCUCGCCGCCGGCCCGCCCGUCCGCCCGCGCGACGUCCCCGCCCUCAUCGCCCGCCCGGACGACCCGCCGCUCGCCGUCGCCGCGCUCUCCUGGCUCGGCGGCGACCUCCGCCCCUCCUGCAUCCUCCGCACCCUCCUCCCGGCGCUGUUCCCCUCGCUCCCGCCCCACGCCCGCGACGCGCUCUCCGCCGCCGCGCGCCGCCUCCAGGCCCGCGAGGCCGCGCUCGACGGCGAGGUGGCCGAGUACCAGGCCACCUACGCCGUCAAGCUGGCGUGCGAGAAGACCAAGGAGGGCUUCGCCGACACGGCCGCCGAGGAGGUCUGCAAGAUGGCACGCGCCGCGCGCCGGGCCGACAAGCUGCGCUGGCGCGCCGUGGAGGCCGCCGUCAAGGAGGUGCUCGCGCCCGCGCAGGCCAAGGAGUUCCUCAAGGCCGUCGAGGACGUCGCCGCCAAGGUCGGCCGCCACGGCACCAGGUGGCACGCGCGCGCUGGGCCCCUCUCGGUGCCCGCCGAGGCCUUCGACCGCAUGCGCGCCAAUGCCAGGGCAGCCGCGGAUGAUGCGUGGUGACCUGACCUCCCGGCAAUGCCCGCUUCUCUGAUGACUCAAGUCUGGGAGGAUUGCUUCUGACUGUUGUUGGAGAGGAGAAUCGGUCUCGCUUAUCUGACGCAGCUAAUGUUCAGGAGAAAAUCGACGCAUGUACAUGGUGAGCUUCAGAUAGUUUUACUUGACCAGGAGAUGGGUGUUUGCUUCAGUUCUUGUUCAGUCCAUUCCGUGUUUACCUAAAGAAGAGGUUUAUAUCUGCAUCGACAACAGUUUUGAACUCUUGUGAAUGCUUAUUUUUGGAGGAAUGUGUCAAGAGAUGGUAGUUAUAUGAGACAGUUGAAGUAUUUCAAUCUCUUUGGCUUGGGCUGUUACAGAUACAAGGGUUGCUUUAUGAGUUUUGCCGUUUUGGAUGAGUUUGAAAAGGUUUGGCUUACUCUAUUACUGUGGCCUGCUGUUUCUCUGCCUUUGGAGAAAUGUGUUUUCUGAAUUCAUGUCAUCCUGAACAAUUUUGAGUCGAUGUGCCUAAGGAUCUUUGCGACGGUUCAGUCUAUGUAGGAGAAGCUGUCAUAGGGAAAUAUAUAAACGGAUAUAGUCAAAUCAAGAGACAGGCAGUUGCAUAUGUACAUACCUUGUACCUUCAAAAUUACUGCAUCUGUUGAAAGUUUGGAUAUAUCUCGGUCAGUUCUUUUCAGUCCACUGUGUGUUUACUCCAAGAGAAUUACAUCUGAAUCGACAGAAGUUGUGAAUUGGAUGGACAGUGCUUGUGCUGCCAUCUUUGAAGGAAUGUGGCAAUGAUCUGACUUGGGCUGUUACAGAUGGAAGCGUUUUUAUGAGUUUUGACAAGAUUUAUCUUACUCUGUUAACUGUAGCAUGUUGUUUCUCUGCCCUUUGGAGCUACGGUUUUUUCCGAAUUCAUGUCGUCUCAGUCGACACACCUAAGGAUCACUGUGACAGUUCGGUUCGAUGUAGGAGAAGCUGUCAUUAUAGGGAUAUAUGGGAAUGGCAGUUGCACAUGUACAUACCUUGUUACAUUCGAUUUGUUGAAGGUUUGGAUAUGCUAGUGAAUUGGGAAAAAAGUGAGGCUGCCUGUACAACCCAAAAGAAGUUUGAUAAGCCAUGCGUGUUUUGCAAAUAUUAUCCGUGUUUGGUGGAAUGGCAGUCUUUGCUGUAAGUCUGCACAGUACCUUUGUGGCCCAUGGCAGCGUUGAUCUGAUUCCUCUGUCCCGUUUGAAUUUCCAUGGCACAGUUCUUGGAAGAAAGGUCCCGUUUGAUCUUAUUCAUCGUUGUGCUCCACCAAAAUCCCUUCACAACCCCUGUGACGCGCUACAUCCACAUGUUCGACUCGGAGACCUGGAAAUGGGACACCAAGCCCGUCAAUUCACCAGAAAGCUACUCCUACAAUAUUACAGACAAGGUGUUCACAAUCGGAGGAAGAUAUGGCUCAAUGGGAUGGGUCGACUUCUGGCAUGGUAUCUUCAUCUAUGAUGUUAUCCUGGGUGGCAACACGAUCAGUUACAAAGAAUUGCCAUCGUCGGGGCUCCCUGCUCUUAAAGGCUUGGGUUGCACUGUUGGAGACAUCGUCAUGGUCAAUGGCUUCAUCGGGUACUUGAGUAUGUUUAUCGAUAAGGGGCGCUUUAUUACUUGAGUAUGUACAGCCCAGGCGUUGACACUACCAACGUCAGUGGAGAUUGGGUUGCUUAUGCAUGGAGGAUGAAGUAUCCUUUGCAGGAUUGGCAGCAGGACUGCCACUUCAGAGCUUCUGAGAUCAUGGGCAACCAGAAGCAUUCUGGACGGCUGCAGGAUAAGCCAGAAGGUGUGGAGAAGCCAGUCUUGAUGCUCUGUGCAGGUAGUCCUGUUCUUAGCCUGCAUAAUGUUGAUGUGGUUUACAUCCUGACAAAGCCUAUGUACAAUGAUGACAUGGCAUGGGUGCAUGCUGUCAACAUGAGCAUCAGUGCGGAAAGAACUGUUGGUUUCAUGUUCACAUACACUCAAAGUAGUAUCUUGAAGCCAAAGGUUAUCGAGGUAAAAGAAGAUAACCAUGAGAAUGAAGAGGACUUAUGGACUCUUGUUUCAUGAAAGAAGAAGCAUGGUGCUCCAGCAGGUAAUUAUGUUAUGCCAGUGCAUUUUUUUCGAAAUGGGGAUAUACCCCGGCUUCGGCAUCAUGAUGAUGCACGCGGCCUUUUAUUAAAAAAAUAGUUCAAACAAAGGUAUCGUUUACAACGCACGCAUGACCAAGAAUUGAUACAAAAAUCAACCCUUGCUAAGGACGGUGGAUAAAAGAAAAACUCAUCAACAAAGCCUUCUAGUGUGCCGCCAACCAGCCUGGCACAAGAUAUCCCGAGCGACCAUCAGGAGCCGUGUGCAUC